CAAUAAUAUCCUAAAUAGUCUAUAUAAACUCGCUUACAAUGUCUCAUUUAGCACCACGAAUUUGCCAAAGAAAACGUACGUACUUCUCAUUGUUGAUUUAAACUCCAUACUACAGAAACAGAAAGAUGUCAUCCUGCCAAGCAAACAUGUCCUGCCAAGGGAAGAAAUCAUGGCCAGAACUAGUUGGAAAAGAUGGGAAUGAGGCAGCAGAAAUAAUCAAAUCCGAAAACUGUUUCGUGAAGCAGACUCCCGUCCUACCAGAGGGUAGUAUAGUUACUGCAGACUUCAGGUGUGACCGUGUUAGGGUUUUUGUUGAUUCAUGUGGAAAGGUGGUCAAAACUCCCGUCAUUACUUAAGCUAAAUUAAACAUGCUAUGGGCAACCUACAUAAAUGUGCACUACUUAAUAUCAUAUUAUAGUAAAUAAAAUGUGCACGUUAAUAGUUGUUGCUCUUGAACUGCCUAGCCUACUAGCUAGGUAGCACUCAGUAUGUACUAUGUACUACCUCCGUUCCUAAAUGAUCUUUACGGUUACUAUUUGCACGGUAA